AUGGAUUUACAAAGGUUUAAUACUGUUGUAUCAAGAGUACCCGACAAAUCUAUCGUUAAGAUUUGUGGACUGCAAACAAUAGAUGCUGCAAAAUGUGCUUUAGAUUCAGGUGCUAACUUAAUUGGUAUAAUAUGUGUUCCUAAUAGAAAGAGAACUAUAGAACCAAGCAUAGCAAAACAAAUCUCAACAUUGGUUCAUACAACGUCUGAAUAUAGUGAUCGUUGCCUUGUCGGUGUCUUUAGAAAUCAAUCAAAGGAAGAUGUUCUGAAAUUAGCUACAGAUUAUAAUGUCGAUAUUGUACAAUUACAUGGAGAUGAAGAUUGGGAAGAGUAUCAACGGUUCAUCAACAAACCAGUCAUAAAGAGAGUCAUAUUCCCAAGGGAUCGUGAUGAAGUUAUCAGAAUCUCUCAAAUGGAUACAAAAACUUGUCUACCUUUAUUCGAUUCAGAAGCCGGGGGUACGGGAGAAAUUCUUGACUGGCAAUCAAUAUCGAAUUGGUCAAAGGACAUACAGGCAAAAGAUGAGAUAAAUAUUGAAUAUAUUUUGGCAGGUGGUUUAACUGCCGAGAAUGUACAUGAUGCUGUUACUUUACACGGUGUCAUUGGUGUAGAUGUCAGUGGGGGUGUGGAGACUGAUGGUGUAAAAGAUUUUACAAAAAUCGCCAACUUUGUAAAGAAUGGACAACUCUGA